CGAUUGCGACCAUAUUUUGGCGAUCAGACGAAGCCUUGGGGCACUUUUGACGCGCCCCGUCCUUUAAGGGACGAUUAAGGGAUGAGGAUAGGAGCCACAGGUCUGGAACCUUCGACUGAGGUUAGAUAUUGACCUGAGGAAUCGAUUGCGACCAUUAUUUGGCGAUCAGACGAAGCCUUGGGGCACUUUUGACGCGCCCCGUCCUUUAAGGGACGAUUAAGGGAGAGGGAUAAGAGCCACAGGUCUGGAUCCUUGGACUGAGGUUAGAUAUUGACCCGAGGAAUCGAUUGCGACCAUUAUUUGGCGAUCAGACGAAGCCUUGGGCACUUUUGACGCGCCCCGUCCUUUAAGGGACGAUUAAGGGAUAGGGAUAGGAGCCACAGGUCUGGAACCUUGGACUGAGGUUAGAUAUUGACCCGAGGAAUCGAUUGCGACCAUUAUUUUGGCGAUCAGACGAAGCCUUGGGCACUUUUGACGCGCCCCGUCCUUUAAGGACGAUUAAGGGAUGAGGGAUAGGAGCCACAGGUCUGGAACCUUGGACUGAGGUUAGAUAUUGACCCGAGGAAUCGAUUGCGACCAUUAUUUUGGCGAUCAGACGAAGCCUUGGGGCACUUUUGACGCGCCCCGUCCUUUAAGGGACGAUUAAGGGAUGAGGGAUAGGAGCCACAGGUCUGGAACCUUGGACUGAGGUUAGAUAUUGACCCGAGGAAUCGAUUGCGACCAUUAUUUUGGCGAUCAGACGAAGCCUUGGGGCACUUUUGACGCGCCCCGUCCUUUAAGGGACGAGUAAGGGAUGAGGGAUAGGAGCCACAGGUCUGGAACCUUGGACUGAGGUUAGAUAUUGACCCGAGGAAUCGAUUGCGACCAUUAUUUUGGCGAUCAGACGAAGCCUUGGGGCACUUUUGACGCGCCCCGUCCUUUAAGGGACGAUUAAGGGAUGAGGGAUAGGAGCCACAGGUCUGGAACCUUCGACUGAGGUUAGAUAUUGACCCGAGGAAUCGAUUGCGACCAUUAUUUUGGCGAUCAGACGAAGCCUUGGGGCACUUUUGACGCGCCCCGUCCUUUAAGGGACGAUUAAGGGAUGAGGGAUAAGAGCCACAGGUCUGGAACCUUCGACUGAGGUUAGAUAUUGACCCGAGGAAUCGAUUGCGACCAUUAUUUUGGCGAUCAGACGAAGCCUUGGGGCACUUUUGACGCGCCCCGUCCUUUAAGGGACGAUUAAGGGAUGAGGGAUAGGAGCCACAGGUCUGGAACCUUGGACUGAGGUUAGAUAUUGACCCGAGGAAUCGAUUGCGACCAUUAUUUUGGCGAUCAGACGAAGCCUUGGGGCACUUUUGACGCGCCCCGUCCUUUAAGGGACGAUUAAGGGAUGAGGGAUAGGAGCCACAGGUCUGGAACCUUGGACUGAGGUUAGAUAUUGACCCGAGGAAUCGAUUGCGACCAUUAUUUUGGCGAUCAGACGAAGCCUUGGGGCACUUUUGACGCGCCCCGUCCUUUAAGGGACGAUUAAGGGAUGAGGGAUAAGAGCCACAGGUCUGGAACCUUGGACUGAGGUUAGAUAUUGACCCGAGGAAUCGAUUGCGACCAUUAUUUUGGCGAUCAGACGAAGCCUUGGGGCACUUUUGACGCGCCCCGUCCUUUAAGGGACGAUUAAGGGAUGAGUGAUAGGAGCCACAGGUCUGGAACCUUGGACUGAGGUUAGAUAUUGACCCGAGGAAUCGAUUGCGACCAUUAUUUUGGCGAUCAGACGAAGCCUUGGGGCACUUUUGACGCGCCCCGUCCUUUAAGGGACGAUUAAGGGAUGAGGGAUAGGAGCCACAGGUCUGGAACCUUGGACUGAGGUUAGAUAUUGACCCGAGGAAUCGAUUGCGACCAUUAUUUUGGCGAUCAGACGAAGCCUUGGGGCACUUUUGACGCGCCCCGUCCUUUAAGGGACGAUUAAGGGAUGAAGGAAGGGAGCUAGGGCAAAAUAAAUGUCAUAUUCGUGUUCCCCGUCCCCCAAUUGACCUGAUGGAAGUUUUUGAAGCGAUUCUGAAUCCGACGCUGUAUUCGUUGCUGUUGCUGACGCUAACUUCACGGACAUUUCACGACCAUGAUACAUGCAUUUCUUAAAUUGAACUUUUUGAGCCAAACACGUACACAUAUGAUAAAAUGAAUGUCACCAUCGUGUUCUACGCCCCAAAUUACCCAUUAAACAUGUGUCACAGGCUGCGAAUAUCAGUUUUGAUUUUCGGGGAUAUGUGCCUACCCGGUUGACCUGACCUUGACCCUGACCUAUGCUUGACUGACCCUUACAUGGAGCUGACACUCUUGUAGGCCUUAUAUGAUGGAUUGUGCACCGUUUUGACAGAGUUUAUGAUGAGAGGCGCCCAUUGCGAAGUCCUGAAGUCCAUGUUACUGAAAGCCCGAUUUCAGGUGUUUGACCUGACCUUGACCCGACCUGUGACCUCAAAAUUCAACUUUUAAGUACUCAUCUGAAGCGUCUCGUCGCGUUCUUUCGUUUGCCGCCUCGUGCGUUUCGCUGCGCUUAUUGGUUCUCGAUUUAUCGGCUGGUUCUCGAUUUAUCGCCACCCCCAGCAAACGGUGGGUGGCGAAAUACCCCAGCAACUGCCGGGUUAAAGCAUGGUUAAGCAAAACUGUAGUUCCUGAACAAUUCGCGAUAGUUGUCCCACAAAACUCUAAUAGUUCUGGUUAGUGGUUACCCGCGACAGCAUUGUCCCCGAAAUACGUGAGAGGCUGGGCGAUUCAUAUUUUCGAGACACGUCAAACGAUACACAAAUUUGACCGUGACCGCUGCUCGAUUAUUGUGUAUAUUUUUUGGCGCGCCGUUUUCCCAUUUGGAAAUCGAACUAUUUUUUUUCUGUCAGUACACCUGUGUCAGCCGCUGGGAAGACUCUGGAUACGUCUGUUCGACCGAAAGCCCCGCCGAAAAUGGCGCCCCUGGACACCACAGUGCGGCACCUCUCUUCUGCCGUCCCUGCCGUCCCUGGAAAAGAUAAACCUCCUGUCCAAAGGAAGAAGGUCGAUAAAUCGGCCACCGUCAGAACGAAGCCGCUGCGAGUUGACCCUCCAGCAAAGACGCAGAAGGGAGCGGAGAAGGAGUGCGUAUCCGAGCACCAGCUGCUCUACAACCAGUACCUGCAGUGGACCUACCUGGGACGAAUGGCGGAGGCCUCUAUGCGCCGGGAGCAGCCGCAGCUCGCGCACCAGGCGCAGCAGCUGGCGGGCCUGGUGGACACGGCUCGGAACCACUGCGCAGACCUGGAGCGCAAGAGGCAGGCGGUGACGCUGUACUGCGAGAUGGCGCAGCUGGAGCGACAGCUGGACACAAUCCUGGCCGACAUCAACGAGUCGGCGGACACGGUGCGUGCCGACCUCAGCCGGCUGACCACUACACUGGACGCUACCCGCAACAGGCUCCAGCUGAGUGGCUGUAACCUGCCUGGCGACUGUGUGGGGGAGCUGGAGGCGGCCGCCGAGCGGUGCCGGGAGGCGCUGUCGGCGCUGGACGCCUCCGUCUCGCCGCACGCCAAUCUGCUGCAGCACACGGCCGAGGCGGUGGAGUCGCUGCAGCGCGCCCUCCGCGAGAGCGGCCGCACCAUGGCCAGUUCGUCGGAGCUGCUGGACGAGCUGGACUCGCUGUCGCUGCAGGAAGCGUCGCUCUCUCUGUGCUCGGGGAUCGCCGCCUCGCACCAGACAACCAUUACAUCCAGCGAGUAGCGACGGAGCCGGGAGACAGGGUGUGAUACUAGCGGACCAACAGUGUUAGACGGGAACAAAAGCGCGCUGUGCUCCCCAAAAUGUAUGUGACUCGUGCUUCCUGUGCGCACUAGGCUGCAACCGCCGCAUGCAAAAGCUUCAGCAAGGUGUGAUAUUUGGUUAGAAGUCGUUAUGCGCCCCGUGCACCGUCGAACGUUGCCGUUCCUCCACUUGAUGCAACAUAAUGUCGCGAGAUGUCUUGUCGCGAGUGGCUGGGACUGUUGGGGGGGGGGGGGAAGGGGAGGGGGCAUAAUCCAGUUCCAGUGUUGUUGACGCGGGCGUCUCGAAGCACUUGGUCAGGACGUGCGCCGUGAAUGUUCGUUGGUCCGCUCCGGUCCGCUACGACAACUUGAAAUAGCUCGAAUUGCAUUGUUUUUAUAAGUGUGUAAGAAUUAAGAAAUAAUAUAUGUAUGUGAGCUGCAUAGCCAGCAAU